AUGUUUUUGAAUAAAAUUACAAAACUUGUUAAACCAAUUGUAUUUCAAAAUUAUCUAUUGAAAAAAACAUUUCAUAGAAGUGUGACUAAAUUUACUUGGAAACAACCAUUCAUUAAUGAUCAGACUAAAAAAGAGCUACAGUCAGAUAAAAAAUAUCUGUAUGCUAAUAAUUCGGAUACAGUGCUUCAAUACAACUGUUCAUUGAACAUCCAUUGUAAAUCUCACCCAUUACGUCGUUCGGGUAUCAUUUGUACAAUAGGACCUGCUUCAGCAGAUGUAAAAAUAUUAGAGGGACUAAUGGACGCUGGAAUGAACAUAGCUCGGUUAAAUUUCUCACAUGGAACUCACGAUUAUCAUUUAAAGACUGUGGAAAACAUAAGAAAAGCAGUAAAAAGCUAUAGCGACAAAAUAUGUAUGAACUUUCCAUUAGCUAUUGCUUUAGACACGAAAGGUCCGGAGAUUCGGACAGGUGUGUUGAACGGGGAAAAUGCAUCAAAAGAGAUCAAGUUGAACAAAGGCGAUACACUUCGUUUAACGACGGAUAAACAAUAUGAAAAUAAAGGUUCAAAUAAACUAGUGUAUGUUGAUUACGAAAAUAUAACUAAAAUCAUGAAAGAAAACGAUAGAAUGUACGUGGACGACGGUUUGAUUUUAAUGACAGCUACGAAAAUUGGUGAAAACUAUAUUGAUUGUAUGGUUGAGAACGAAGGCAUGUUGGGUAGCCGUAAAGGAAUAAACCUACCAGGUGUGGAUGUAGAUUUACCAGCUAUAUCAGAAAAAGAUAAAGCUGAUAUACAAUUUGCGGCGGACAAUGAUUUAGACAUGAUAUUUGCAUCGUUCAUCAGAAAUUGCUCUGCGGUAACUGAAAUACGAAACAUUUUGGGUGAACGCAAUAAGCACAUAUUGAUAAUUUCAAAAAUUGAGAACCAGCAGGGUAUACAAAACUUGCCAUCUAUAAUCAAAGUAUCUGACGGUAUUAUGGUAGCCAGAGGUGACCUGGGUAUCGAAAUUCCUCCAGAAAAAGUAUUUUUAGCUCAAAAAUCCAUUUUGGCCCAGUGUAAUAUUGCCGGGAAGCCAGGAAUUUGUGCUACACAAAUGUUGGAGUCAAUGACCAAAAAACCACGAGCGACGAGGGCCGAAUCAUCUGACGUAGCCAAUGCCAUUUUGGACGGGGCAGACUGUGUUAUGUUAUCUGGGGAAACAGCCAAAGGUCACUUUCCAAUUGAAUCUGUUAGAACAAUGGACAAGUUAUGUCGGGAAGCCGAAUCUGCAAUGUGGCGAAAGGAGUUUUAUCAUGAUAUUGUUGCAAGUCUAGCCGAAAGAACUUCUAACGACGAUCAAAAUACUAUGCAAGCCUUGAGAGCCGUAACUAAGGCUGACAAUAUGAGCGCAGACGUUAUUAUUGUAAUUGACCAGUCCGGUUGUAUAGCACAUGAAAUUGCAAUGUACAGACCACGAAGCAUCAUUCUCGUCGUAACGGAUAAUCCCAUUGUGGCUCGGCAAUGUCACUUACACCGUGGAAUUUUACCAGUAUUUUACUGCCCGAAAAUCGGUGAAUGCAAUGUAGAUUUUUCAAAUAACUGGAACAAACAUCGGGAUUAUGCUAUAGAAUUUGGAAAGUCUCUAGGAAUAUUGAAAUCUAGAGAUACUAUAGUGCUAGUUGGCAAAGAAGGAAUCACUUUAUCCUGUAUUCUGUGA